AUGGAGAGCUCUGACAACUACACCAGCUGCUCCUGCGACUCCUGCUGUCCGUCAUCGCCCUGUAGCUCCUCCCCUUCUUCAGCUCAACUCACAGACGAAACUGAUACUAGCCACGCCUCCACGCCCUCCCUCAACUAUCCUGGCCACACCCACUCAGCGGUCAUGCACACCGAGUGCAUCCCAAUACCGCCAAUCAACGAAGGCGGCCAAUCGCCAACACGAAGCACAGCCGAGGUCGUGGAGGUGGAGCUUCCAAGCUCCACCCCUCUGGAUUCCAAUGGGAACAACAAACCAGUGAAAAACAUAACUAGUAGCACAGAUAACAUUACUGAAAUAGUAGAUGCAUCCCAAACUAUUAGUACUAACAAGAUCUGCGAUGCAAACAGCGCUAAUAACAUUAACAGUCCAAAUUCAACGAAUAUCACCAGCCUUUGUCAUCCGACUCCACCAUCCUCCUCGUCGUCUCUCCAACUCUUCUCUAUGUCUGACCCACUUGGUGUUUUCCCCAAGAAGCAGAAUAGCGCAGCUCAGAGGGAGGGGCCUGCACAGGCCCCGCCCCCUCAGUCUCCACCCAGAACCGCCCUCUUUUCUCCCAGCGUGGAACCGGAGCGCCGCGAUUCCGCCGUGAGCGAUCUGGAAGUGGACCAAACGCACUUCCAGCAGCGACGACUGACCGGCGACUCCGGCAUCGAGGUCUGCCGUUGCCACGUAGAACGUGAAGAGGAGGAUGAUGAUGAAGAAGAAGGAGGACACUUACCGGCAGAGUCGGUCAAUGGAACGGGAGACGCUCUUCAUGAUAGUCCGGACUGUUCUGCCAGAGCCAGACCGGAUGGGGGUGGGAAAGAGGCGUGGCCUGUUUCAUCGGUGGCUCCGCCCACUGAUGCAGUCGUCAUUGCAAUGGAAACUGACUGAGUGUUACGUUAAUAGCACGCAGGUCUUGUUCUGAGAAAAACCCUGUACAGAUUGAUGUUAGAAGACACAUGAAUCUGCGACCUCAUCUUUGGUUCUAAGGGUCAAAAGUUUGGAAUUAUUACAAUUUUUUAAUGUUUUUGAAAACA